CCGAAGCUUUUUGGCCAAAAAAUACAGUUAGUACGAACUGGUAGCUACUCGAAGGCGGACGUGUUGCCGCCCGUGGUCUAAGCCGUGACAAAAACACGUUUACGAGACUUGUUCGUUAUUUCACGCGCGCGUAAAUCAAACCCGAAAAGAGAGGCAAAGGCUAGAGCAAAACAAACCAACACAUAACAAAAAAUCUGCAGCAGUACCACCAUUACCAUCAUCAUCAUCGUGUUUAAUGGAAACGAUGCCUGUAACAAUCAUGUAAAAUUGGUAUAAAAGAAGAGGAGGAGACGGCGAUGAAGAGCGGGAAAAACGCAGGAAAUGGGAAUGAGAAUGAGAAAGGGAACCAGAAACCGAACCAGAACCAGAAAACGAGCAUCGCAUCGUACGAGUGGCAAUAACACAUCAAAUUGGUAUUAGAACUUGUUACAGUUACUUCGAACCAUCGUCUGGAUGCCCCCUUACUAAAAGUAGGCGUGGCCACAUACUACGUUACAGUGCGGGUACAAAUUGGUAGAGACACCGACACCAUCCCCACCGACGGGCAGUCAUCAUCAUCAGCAUCAUCAUCAUCAUCAUCAUCGUCAUCGUCCUUGUCUCUGUCUGUCGCUGGGAUGCAACAUAAAAGUCAAUUAAUGUACAAUUACAACAACCCAAAGAGCAGCUACUGACAGGAGUGGAAAGGAGAGAAAGCAGAGCACAGAGAGAGAGAGUGUGUGUGUGUGGAAAUUACUGCAAAUUACACGCAACGAGAGGGGGAAACGGGGUCUAGGAGCGCCAAGUUGGAGCAGGAAACCGCGUGGACCGAGGAGGCACUGGAACAGCAGGAGCUGGUUCCAUCAUCGCCCUCCCCAGUCCGUCGACAUUGCCAUCCAUUGUCCAGUCACAGCCUCAGCAGAGGGCGAGACGACGGUGGCGAGGCUGGAGCUGAAGCUGGAGCUGGAGGUGGUGGCUCCUACAAAAUGACUUUCGUUAACAAGCUGAGCAAAAGCUUCCGCUGGCUUCGUUGCUCGACAUUGUGCGCAAUUUUGUUUUAUAUGUUCUUCAUUGGCCUGAUAUUGCACAGCACCAGCCACAAGCUGCAGCAGCACCAACAGCAGCAGCAGCAACAGCAGCAACAGCAGAAGGACCAAAAGGACCCAGGAAGCAGUCACAGCAGCAGCAGCAGUAGCAGCAUCAGCACCAGUAGUGCUGCUGCUGCUGCUGCUGCCCAAGAGGCUGCCAAAUUGGCGCCCAAUGUGGGGCACCAUCAGCAGCCCUCCCUCGUGGGGGCAUCAGCCAAGGAGGAGAAAGCGCAGAAAGCAGGAGGAGUAGGAGGAGGCCUGGCCACAGGGACAGCAGCGGUUUUGUCGUCCAGCAAAUCCCCUAACCAGCCAGAAACAGUUAUUUUGGCGGCCAGCAAUGUGAACGAGAAGCAAAUACUCGCAAAAGCUUUCAAACGAGCUGAUCGCAAUCAUGAUGGACGUCUGUCCAUCCAGGAGUUGGGCCAAUACAUCAAUCGACGCAUUGUCGAGCACAUCGAUGAGGCCAUCAUGAACAAUGCCCGCGAGUUCCGGCGCGUGGACAUUGGUCCCGCCGAUGGUCUGAUCACCUGGGACGAGUACCAUCGGUUCUUCCUGCGGGAGCAUGGCAUGACGGAGGCGGACAUCGAUGAGCACGAUGAGAUCAGGCACACGGCCCUGAAUCGUAGGGCGCGCGAGGACAUGAUGCGGGACAAGGCCCGCUGGUCGGAGGCGGCACGCACCGAUCUCUUCACACUGACGAUCGAUGAGUAUCUGAGCUUCAGGCACCCGGAAUCGAGUGUGUCCAAUCUGCUGGAGCUGGUCGAUGAUCUGCUGCGGCAGUUCGAUCAGGAUGGGGACGAUCAGCUGACGCUGGAGGAGUUCUCCGACCUGAAUGUGGACGAUGAUGAUGAUCUGCUGCGCAAGUCGCUGAUCUCCAAGACGCUGGUGGAGCGCCGGGAGGAGUUCAAGCGGAUCAUCGACAAGAAUCACGACGGCAAGGCGGAUCGGGGCGAGCUGCUGUACUACGUGAACCCAAAGACACCGCGCUAUGCCCUCCAGGAGGCGGCCACAUUGUUCAGUCUCUGCGAUGCGAACAAGGACGAGCUGCUGACGCUCAAGGAGAUGACUGACAAUGCAGAGAUAUUUCUGCAGUCCAAGAUGAUCGACACCGCAAACAGUUUUCACACUGAAUUCUGAAUAAUUUUACUUAUAUUACUCCUCCUUCUGGCACUCCCUUUUACCCUUCAAACCCUUUGAGCAUUUAUAGUGAUAUUAAUUUGUAAGUUGUUCAUUCUUUUGUUCAUAUAUCCUUCUGUAAGAGGUAGAAAAUCAUGUUCUGUGUGAUUUUUCAAUAAUUAAAACAUAAGCAAUGCAAGGAAAAUCAAAUAAUAAAUUGAACACAAAAUACUCCAAUUAUAAAUAUAAA